AUGCAACCACAGCAACAGACCGGUGCGCGUCUGCGCCAUCUGAACCCACUCAGGCUGUUUCACGGCAACUUUUCGUACCAGGAGCUGCCCUCAGACAGCCGCAACACUUCACCCUUCACAUUACAGCCUCUCAAACGAGUGCGAUGGCCAUCACCGAAGCGCGCCGGCGAGGCCAUGCGUUCAGUUCGCUGGUCUCCGCUCCGCAUCCUCCUCUGGGCCUUGACCUCUCUCUUCGUCCUGUUGAUGCUCAUUGCGAGUCGCCAUCAUAGAUUCCACACUCCUCCAGAGCCAGCAAAUCCGGAUCCGGCCAUCGAGAAGCCUCCGGGCUAUCCUUGGGAGGAACGACAGANNCUCAAAGGCUUCUACAACGGUAUCCGCACUCUGACACCUGCCAAGGACUGGGCUCCCCAGAACCGCUACAACAAAUCCCUGCCCGAGGGUGUCGUCGACAGCAAUGAAGCUCGCGGUCUUCCUAAGCAACCCGUCUUCGAACCCAUCAAGCUGACCCCUUAUCCCGACUACCACUCGUACGAGUACACGCAAAAGCACGGAAAGGUCGAGACCUGUUACAUGGACGAUGAAGACAAGGUCGAAGUCCCCGAUGUCUACGUCUACCCCGGCCUUCCCAGAAACAUGACUGCCCCCUUCUUCGGUACCCACAAAGAGCUCGGCAUCAGGGAUGAUGUUUGUUAUGAUAGAUAUGGCAGGCUUGGUCCCUAUGGUUAUGGUUACAACGCUACAGCUGGUGGACUCGGUCCUGGUCUUGAUUCGGAGAAUGUCGGCACUGACAAGCUUUUCGAGAAAAUGGGCACAGUCGACUACUCCAACGUCAACUGGGGCAAGGCCAUGAAGAAAUGUGCCCACAAGAACAAGGCUCGUUUCGAGAACAAGGACGCCCACCGCAAGGUCGCUCGUCACGCCUACAUUCUCCGCAUCUGGACUGGCUACAACUUCAACUACAACCAGCUCUACUCGCUCCGCGCUAUGAUCGCUGAGCUCUCGCUCAAGUCGGGCGGUGAGUAUGAUGUCUGGUUCCUUUUGCACGUCAAGGACGAGACUCUUCCCGUCUGGGCUGACAAAGGUGUAUACCAGAAGGUCAUCGAACAGAACAUGCCCAAGGAGUUCUGGAACAUGACUGUCCUCUGGUCCGAGUCUCAAUUGCUCAACUACUAUCCUCCUCCUUUCGCCGAGCCUUUUGAGAACCCCUCUGGCCACAGUGUGCAUGGCGUUUACCGUUCGGCCCACUUCGCUCUCCAGUGGUUCGGCCAACAGUACCCUGACUACGACUUCUACUGGAACUGGGAAAUGGAUCUUCGCUAUAGUGGACACUACUAUGAAUUCAACACUGCUAUCGGUGACUGGGCUCGCAGACAGCCUCGCAAGGGAAUGUGGGAGAGAGCCGAGAGAUUCUGGAUGCCUGAGCUCCACGGUACCUACCAAAACUUCACCGACAUGGUUGAGCGAGAGACUCGCGAGAACGGCAAGAACCCUAUCUGGGGUCCUCCUGCUUUCCAGCACGAUGGUCUUACCNCCUCCCCUUCCGACACCACUCCUCCCAUGCCAUACGAUAAGGAUGAGUAUAAGUGGGGAGUUGGUGAAGAAGCUGAUCUUAUCACUUUCAAUCCAAUUUUCGACCCCAGCAAGACUAACUGGGUCUUCCGUCUUGAUGCAACUGGUUACAAUCUCAAGAUGCCCCCUCCGCCCCGUCGUUGCGCCAUCAUCACCGUCUCCCGUCUUUCCAAGCGCCUGAUGGACAUCAUGCAUGAGGAAACCUGGAAGUACCGCCAUUCCAUGUUCCCCGAGAUGUGGCCCGCCUCCUGUGCUCUGCAACAUGGCCUCAAGUCUGUCUACGCUCCUCACCCUGUUUACUUCGAUCACGACUGGGAUCUUGAGUACAUGGACAGAAUGUUCAAUCGCCCACGCCUUGAUGUCGACAGUCCUUUCGGAUGGGGUGAACACAACUUCAUUGGUAGCUCCUUCUACUAUAACUCGGUUUUCAGUGGUACUCUCUGGCGCCGCUGGCUCGGUCUCCGCGAGAACAAGGAGGGAGGCACCAGAGACGAAGAGACUGGCACCGGACGCAUGUGCAUAAAGCCGNUUUUGGGACAUCCAAUUAAAUCAGAGAUUGGGGAGAACAAUUGA